AUGCCUACGCCUCCUUCUGUUGGUAACAACAACAAUGGCUCGACCACUACCACGAACACUGCAACUACUACUACCACUACUACUACUGCCAGCAGCAGACGAGGUUCAGCGGCUGCCAACAAGUCAGCAGUCAAGACUCCCCGAUCGCGUGGUCGACGUGUGUCGAAUGUGCCCAACAACAAUGGUGCUCGUAUGUUUACAUGCAAGGCUGAUGGCUGUGGCAAAGUCUUUAAGCGAUCCGAGCAUCUGAAGCGCCACAUCCGAUCCAUCCACACACUUGAAAAACCGUUUGAAUGCCCUUACCAAAGCUGCAACAAGCGAUUCUCCCGAUCCGAUAACCUCAACCAACACAUCCGCAUCCACCGCCAUAGCACGAGCAGCGGCAACGGCAAGGAGACCCCCAAGCCGCAACAACGACCCUCGCAACAACAACAACAACAACAACAAGCACAAGCACCAUCUCCAUCCACAACAUCGUCACCUUCCUCACAGUACUCUUCUUCCUCCCACACGAUCCACCCUCUCACUCAAAGUUGCGGCGCCAAUCCUUCAACUGCUCCAAGCCAACAACCAUUCUUUGUUCAAAAUUACAUAUGA